CUCAUAAAUGUUAUUUAAUUUUUUAUUAUGGAAAUGUUCUGAAAACUUUUUAUCAUGUGGCGGUUUCAUUCAGGUCUCUGUUUAACAAAUACUCUGUCUUUGACAGGAGAGAGACCAGACUCUCCCUCUGACAAGAGUCCUUCAGGGGAACCAGACCCAGGGAGGAGACCUUCAAGGGAACCAGACUUGGGGAAGAGUCCUUCAGGGGAACCAGACUUAGGGAAGAGUCCUUCAGGCGAACCAGACUUAGGGAAGAGUCCUUCAGGGGAACCAGACCUAGAGACUGCCAAACCAGCAGGACGACACUGCUGCUCCCACUGUGGAAGGAAAUUUACCAAGUUACACAACCUAAAAGAGCACGAGAGGACACACACAGGAGAAAAGCCUUUCCAAUGUUCCCAGUGUGGAAAGAGUUUUAGCCGGUUAGACAGCCUGAAAAUGCAUGAAAGAAUUCACUCUGGAGAGAAGCCUUACCAAUGCUCCUAUUGUGUAAUGAGUUUUUCACGAUCACAGGCCCUCAAAAGGCAUGAGAGGACACACACAGGAGAAAAGCCUUUUCAAUGCUCCCAGUGUGGAAAUAGUUUUACCCUGUUGGCACACCUGAAAUCACAUGAGAGGACGCACACAGGAGAAAAGCCUUUCCAAUGUUCCCAGUGUGGAAAGAGUUUUACCCGGUUAAGGACCCUAAUUAGGCACCAAGGAAUACACAAAGAAGGAAGGAAGACCUUCCAUUGCUCUCAGUGUGGAAAGAGUUUUCCUGAGUUAUGGGGUGUGAAAAUACAUGAGAGAAUUCACUCUACACACAGAGGAGAAAGGCCUUUCCAAUGCUCCCAAUGUGGAAAGCGUUUUACCCAGUUAGGGAACCUGAAUUUACAUAAGAUAAUUCACUCUGGAGAUAAGCCUUACCACUGCUCUCAGUGUGGAAAGAGCUUUAUUCGGUCAUGCCAUCUCAAAGAGCAUGAGAAAACACACACAGGGGAAAAGUCCUUCCAAUGUUCCCAGUGUGGGAAGAGUUUUGCCCGGUUAUGGAACCUAAAAGAGCAUGAGAGGAUACACACAGGAGAGAAGCCCUACCACUGCUCUCAUUGUGGAAAGACCUUUUCCCGAUUAAGGGAACUGAAAUCCCAUUACAUUUCACACACUCUUAUCCAGGGAGAAUAACAAUUGUUGAAUUCACCUUAAGGUAGCUAGGUGAGACAGCCACACAUCACAGGCAUAGUAAGUACGUUUUCCCUUCAUUAAAUAGUUCUCAGUGAAGUCAGUGCUAGUAGGAAAAGACAAUUUCAGGUCAGAUUUAUUGAAGAUACUCUUUGAAGAGGUAGGGUCAUCGUGGUUUUCAAGGUUCGUUGUACAUGAGAGAAUAAAGAAGCUAUGUUCUGUCUCUUUUUUACUGAGAAUUUGUGGUUUUGUUUAUGCCGCAUGAAAUCAAAAUUGUAUGAAUGAAAUCAUACAACAAAAUGGCUACUUUUGUUUUAAAAUGUUCUAAUGUGCAUUUUAUUUGAAUUAAUAACAAUUCUUGUAAUCUUGUAAUUCCAAGAUGGUGUAGCAGUGCAGACGUGGUUUGUCGUCCUCUCGUUUACUUUUGUAUUUUGUCUUUUUUGUAUAUAUAUAUAUAUACACAUU